ACUUGCUCAGCAAGAGAUUUAAAUUCAAUUCGCGGCCAAGGUUGUCUGUAUCUGCGUUUAAAGCCAAGCCAGGUUUGUUUUUGUGAAUAUAGUUAACACUGUCUUGCUCACUUUUCCUUUCUUUUAUGUUGUAGUAAUGUAAAUAUAUGUGACCAGAUUACAUUGUUCAUUCCUUAAUUUUUAUAGAAUGGAGGUAGCCGUGGUGAUUUAUCUGGCCAACCAUCCACUCAAGGUACAUCAAAAUUUUGGUAGAAAUUAUGCCAUGUUACAGUGUGUUUCUGACCAUUUGUUAUCAAAACAUAGUAAAUAAUGAUAUUACUUGGUUUUUAAUCAUUUCUUUGAUUAAAAUAUAAUUUCCACAAUUUUUUUUUAUUUUUGUGUCUGUGUGUAUCAAGGGAAAGAGGGGGGAGGGCCUAUUCUGUACUAGGUUGUUACUUAAAGCCAAACAUGCUUAAAAUGAAGCAACCACUUGUUUGAUCAUGUUUAGUACAUAUAUGUCAUGAGUAAUAUAAUUAUUGUAAUGUAUCUCAAAGGUUAAGUUUUAACUUAGUUGAUUAAGUUGUGAACCACAUAAUUCAAUGGAAAAUCUUCCUCUGCACAAAAAAAUAAAAUAAAAUAAAUAACUUGCAGUUGAAUUCUGUGAUCUUUUUAAAAGGGCGACGUACUGGUGAUUCCAGAGAUCCAGGUAGACGCUGGCGACAAAGCCUAAAUCGUAAGUUUGGUUGACCCUUGACUUUUUAUCUCAUUGAUCUAUUUUUAGUGGAGCCUUGUUUUAACAAAGGGUCAAUCAGGGUGGUCAAAAGUAGCCGGCUGCUGGCGAUCACCAAUAAAAUGAGGUUACAUUAUAUCAAGAUUCUUUUGUUAUAUUUUACUAUUACUAAGGCGAAUUGUUUGUUAUCCCAAGGACUCUGUCAUGUACAUGUUCAUUAUAUCAAUGGUUUGACUAUAAUAGGCAUGAUCCUGAUAGCAUUUAGUGUUGUUUAUUUUUUCCCCUUUCUUUUUUGGCUGCUGCCUAAUGGUUGCCUGGUCACCAGAGGCUUCUAAAAUUUGCUCCAACUUGAUGGAUAGCCAAAGCUUAUGAUUCUUAUGGCAAUAGCCUCUAUGUCUCUUUCCAGUGAAGGGACAACAGUGCAUUCCCUGCUCAUUUCAUACUUUUGAAACAAAAAAGUAAUGCACUUGUUUGUCUACUAUGGGCAAAAAAUUUCCACAGAUAAAAGUACACAAACAAGCAGUUUUCUUUAAAUUUGGAACUUGAACAAAUCAAGUUUUGAGACACAUGAAUUGAGUUUCGAGCAUUGACUUAUACCUAUUAUUACUGAUUAUCAAUCAACGGGCUUCUCUCCGAAGGGCCCCAAAAAAUUUUAUAGGCAACAAGCCUAAUGUUCCUUCCUGACGUUUUUCUUGUUUGUAUAAUUUUUUUGUUUAAUUAUUUAUUUCAAGAGAACAAUCCAGUUGGCGCAGAAAUGGGAGAGAGUUCUGACGAAGAGCUUGCUAGGGCUAUUCUACCAGGUCUAGGAGGUAAUGCCCUUGGGUAGUAGUAGUGUUAUAAUAAUUAAAAAUUAUUUAUCAUUAUAGUAAGUUAAAGGUACUGUGUUAUUCAAUUAUGAUUAGUAUAAUUUAUUUUUCCAAAAUCAACAGAUGAACCUUAGUGUUAAAUGCUAGCUAAGGCAACCUCUACUCUUUGCAGAUUCUUUUUCAAUCGGCAUUGUUGGUUCUGGUGAUGGAGUGGACAGUACCAUAGAUGAUGGUGAAAGAGGUGGUGAUGAGAGACCAGAUGGGACCACAGACAGAACAGCUGACAGCACUCCGUCUGCUGCUGAUAGACGUGAUACUGAAGAAGAUGAUACCAGAAGCAAUCAUCAGAGUGAUGAUGAAGACAAUGUUAGUAGGGGAAGAGAUAGGGAUAGUGUUGACAGUAGAAGUGAAGAUGGUGAUAGUGACGUUGCAUCAGAGAAUGAAAAUGGUGAUGAUGAAAGUGAUGCUAUAAUAGAUGCUGAUGAAAGAGGUGACAGUGAUGAUGAUGUGGUUGAAGUGACAGGAGUAGCAAGUUGCUCUUCAAGUAAGUUUCAUUCAGAAUUCAUAAGUUGAAAUUUUAAUGUCAAUCAAAUUUGGCAUCUGGACAAUAUUUUGAUUUGACCAGUGGGAGAACCGUAGGAGAGAAGGGAACUACAAAUCAAGCAAGGAGAAGUAAUUUUCUGUGAAGUCCAAUUUCAUUAAUUUUAUUUGUUUAGGCUUAGCCUAAACAUUCAGAGUGACUCUGUCAGUGCUAAUAAAGUCUUACUUGAACUAAAUAUUUUAUAAGUUACUUUGCUUUUUAAUGAAAUUUUACUCAUUUCUUGUAGUAAAUAGAACAUUCAUACCGACUUCUUUUAUGUGAUAAUGAUGUCGGAGAACACAACGGCAUAUAACUUUUAAAUUUUCAAAAAUUUCUUAAGAUAUUUACGCAGUAUUUGUAUUAAGCAUUCUUUAAACCCAUGUGACCCCCCCCCCGCCAACAAAAAAAAUGGUGUCCACUACCUAAUGCAGGCGGAAUAUUAUAUUUGGAAGUUUUAUAUGGGUGGGAGCUGCAUGUACAAAAUUUGUGGUGUUUUAGCUAAUAUCAUUUUGUUUGUGUGUGUGUGUGUGUUAAACUAUAUUGCUACAAUAUUUUCAAUCUGCAGAUGUCAAUGUGGUCACCUCAAGUAAAGUAGGAUUUCAAACAGAUAUAGCUACAGUCUGUGGUAUGUGCACUGUACAUGUACUGUAAAAGUAUUUUUAAUAGUGAUAAUUCAAGGCCAUGUGUAACAUUAUAGAACUUGAUUUACAAUUUUGUAAGGCACUCACACUCUUUUUUGUGUUCAUCCCUUUAAAUCGCAAUUUUCACCCUAUAAGUGUCUUUGUCUGACUUAACAAUUAAUGGAACAUCGGAGGUAUAACAAUGUAAAUGAUGGGUACUAAGGUUACUUGUUGCUCUCAUGGUACACUAAUGCACAUACAUGUACUAGCUGCUGAUUCAUAUACAGCCUUGUGUUUUAACUACCUUUAGGUGCCAUCGUUCCUGCUUCAGUUUCAAGUAUAGUUGGCAUCGGAGGUAUGUGGCUAUAUUAACAUGCACACGUCAAUCUAAUGACCCCACAAUCAGUAGAAGAAAAUUAUUCAUGUGAUGGACUUCCCUUAACAAUUUUACGGUUAAACCUCUCCUCAAUGGCCACCUUGGGGACGGAAGAAAUUGACCAUUGUAGAGUACAUAAUCAAACUUGAAUAAAAUGGUAUUAAUAUGACAGCUACUUUUGGUAGUUGGGAGUGCGCUUGAAUGGCCACUGUCAUUGUCAUUGUCAUUUAACAAAUUAUGUUUGAAGAUAUAAUUAUAAAUACAUUUUUUUUUGUCCAAUUUAAAGGUAACAAAGGGACGAAUACUGAUAUGGACGUAUUGCUGCGAGUGAUAACUUCACCUUGUCCGUUGCAGCUGCACUUCUUUAAUUGCACUAAAGUGGUCAGUAAAAUAGAUGCAUGUGUUUGGGUCAGGGGGUUAGGGGUUGGUGGUUGGGUGAGUGUGUAAUCUAGUGCAAUUUUGAACCUUAGAGAGGUUUUCACUUGACUGUCGAAAGUAAUUGAGGAAUUGGUUUGGUUUUGGAUUUACUAUGCCCUUUGGUUGGUUGGUGUAUUUACUUUGGUUUUGGUUUUACAACAGUCAAGUGAAAACCGCUCUAUUCCUUAACCUACCUAAUAUUGUAUUUGAGUUAUGGCACCUGGUAUGAGCCAAAUCUUAUAAUGUGUAAUGAAUCAUUAUAUGAGUCUCAUACAGAAGUUAUUUGCUUAUGUUAACGUUUCUGUCUCAUCAGCUAACAGAAGUGGCGUUAAUCAAGACCAAAAGGCCAGUUUUGGUCCUUCUUUGGGAUACCCAUUCCCAGGGUUCUGUCAGGUAUGUUGAAUCCAGUGUUAUCGUGGGAAAAAUAAAAACAUGCACUUUGAGUUGAACACACCGGCUGGUGUCCUUAAGCAUGAAGCAUGAUUAUUAUUUAACAUUGAUGUCACUCUAUUUUUUCCUGUUUUUGUUUGUAGACUAUUUACAGAGCAGGCAGAGCUUUGCAAACGUGCAAACACAGAGACCACCAUUUUUCCUGUGAGGAAAACUAGCGAUUCUUUCAAAAAUUGUAAGUUAUGUUAAUAAAUCAGUUGCUGAUUUAUUAUGUCAGAUGCAUAUAUUUUUUACUGUAUUUGGUGAUGUUGUUGUGCCAAUCUCUCUCCAGUGAAGAGACUUCUGCAUCGCACUAACAUUGAGGACGCGCUAGCCCUUCUGUUGACCAAAGUUGGGAGCGAGUUCCUCGUCCUCAUGAACUUAACAAGUCGAGGUAAGACAUAAUAUUUCUACUUUUCAAAACUCUAGCUUAAGUAAAUAAAGACAGCAAAUAUUUUAUCAUCCCCGUUUUGUUUUUAUGAGACAUAGAGACUGAUUUGUAUGUUCUCUCUUGCAGAUAAUUUGAAUAAUGGGGCUGUGCUGGAUAAGUUCAGCAAUUCUUUAAACAAUUACCAGGGGAGAUAUGCAGACUGGUAAUAAGUGCUUGCUUGCUUGUUGCUCUAGCCAUUGAUAUUGGUUUUGCAUUGUAUGUAUAAAGUCUGAUUGUGCUGUUAUUAAUAUUAUUGGUAUAUUUAUCAAAAGGGAAAAAUCUGAAAAUCUGAGAGAAAUCAGAGAGAAACAGGAGCAGCUAUUGAGAGAGUCUUUGUUGUCAGAUCAAAAGGUACUCGCAGUGCCAUUUAAUAAUAUCAUUAAGAUUUUAAUAAGGUUAUAUCUCUAACUUUUACCUGUAUAGUUUAAAGUUACAAACAGUGUUUAUACCAUCUAAGCGACAACAGUCAGGUCAGUGCAAUUAAGAGAAUAGAUGAAAAACUCAUAUGUGUUACGGGGGUAAUCUUUUAGAGGAUGGGUAGCUUGCAAACCAAACUGAACACAGGGUUGUCGGAACAGCAACAAGAAGAUUUUUCGUAACAAUAUGAAUAUGUUACUAUCUGGGAGAUUGAAAGAGGCUAAACACUCAAUUAUUCAAAUUAUCACCUGGUAGUACAGAAUGUACUUCCUUAACAGCUGACACUAGUAUCAUGUUAAGGUUAGAUUUAAAAACCAGAGGGUUAACUCAAGGAAAUCUCAGUUCACUAAUAUUUUUACUUUCUCUCUUGCAUUUUGGAAUACUUCAGAAGGCUCAAGAAAGAAAACAAAACUGCGAUGUGAAUGUAUGUGUAAGAUUAAAGCGUUUAUAUCUAAUAUUGCCUUAAAAAAGUUCCAAAUGUUUAUUGUAGACAAACAAUAAUAUUAUGCCCCUGUCUUUUUUUUUCUUUUUGGCAAAACAGGUUACAGAAAUACCAGCUACAAUGAACAGCAGACCCUUGCUUGAUUCAGAUGAGAAUUUGGCUAAAAAGGCAAGUAUAUGUUAAUUACCUUAAGCUAGAGAUUGGUGUUUUAAUUGCCCUUUUGAGGCCAGGAAAUGAGAGAAAUUUGAGCAAAUGAUAGUUAUUUUUGAAUUUAGUUAACCUCAUAGUCGUAAAAAAAAAUUAAUGAAAAUUUGUAUUAUAUCUCAUGAGGGAAAAUACUCAGGUCCAUUCCUGAAUUUUCUUCUAAAAUUCUUAAUUAAAGGACUCUUAAAAAUUCUCAGCUUCGCCUCAAGUUUUUAGACCUGAAAUAUUUUGAACAGCUUCAAACUCUGAUAAGAAUUCGGUGUCAUAUAUUUUGGUCGAAAAAAUUUAGCUUUGUCUUUAUCAUAAACACUUGUUUCUCAAUCUUCAUUGAAAUGUGCCGAUUGAUGUAUGGAGAUCCAGAUCUGCAGAAUAUUUAUUUGAAUUGUGGUUUUUAAUCUCUCUGUUGCAACAUUUACUGUAGAUCCGCACUACAAGACAACAACGGAUGCGGGAUUGUAAAGAUGGAGAAGGUUUUCUUAUUAAAGCAAAAUGGGGAGGCAAGUCAAACACGCGUCUUUUCAACAGAGGUGCAAAAUUCCAGGUAACACAUCCAAACGUGUCAUCUAAACAUCAUACCUUUCAUGAUGUUGUGUGCUUAAAAUAUAUCUCAUACUGUCCAACCCUGUUGUACAGGGUUACUGUUUCUUUCUCAAUGAUCUAGCGAGUGUGCUUAUACUUUGUAACUAAUGGGAAGACAGCAGGAACUUAUCUAGUGUAUAUAUUUUUAGGAGGUGUAUGACUGGUUAGGUAGCAUAAGGGAGCUGCCCCUCUUUUUUUCAAUCCAUCGACCACUAGCCACUAGCGCGAUAUCAAGACAAGAGAUGGUACGGCGGAAUGAAGGGGUCUUUGUACGUGACUUGGUAAGUAGUAGUCUGUUAAACAUCAAUGAUAAAAAUAAAACUGCAAGAAACUGAAAAUUUAUAAUUGGCAUCAAUGUUUUUGUAUUUAGACUCGAGAAGAAGCAAGGUCCAUUUUUGGGAACAUUGUAAGUUGAUUAAAGAUCAGUUUUGAAUGUCAUUAAUUAAAUUUGUUCCUUGGUAUAGAUUACUCACCUAAUUGCGCAUUAUGUGCUUAAUAUAACAUGCAAACCGUGACGCUAGCUAGGUUGCGUGAUUGGGAAAACUAAGUAAAUUUUGGCCUCUUAGAGAAUUUUUUGUUGAUCCUCUAUCUAUAAGAUUUUAUAGAGAGCAUCCAAAAUAUUUAUGGCAACAAUGUCAUGAGGUGAGGUGGUAUGGUGUUGUAUAUUAAUUGCUAUGUAAAUUGACUGCUAAACUACUGGGUUAGCCCUUUGCCAUUAAUGACAUUAUCAUAGACAGUACGGUAUGAUUAUCUUUUUUAUCAUUAUUGUGUUUAUUAAAGGUUGAUGCUGAUGAUGUUGAUGUUGAUGCUGAUGCAGAUCCUGCUUCUUUGUUAUUGGAAAAAGAGGCAGAUGCGGCGAGAAGAGAAGAGAAGGAAGGAGAGGUAUAUUUUGCUAUUCAGUCCUAUAUAUUUACGGGAUAGUAUAUAAUAGUUUCAGGCUUUGGAAAUGUUAUUGGUUUUCUUGAUUAUUGUCUCUACUCAUGAAUCUGUCUAAACUUUUGUCUUAAAGAAAGGUGAUGAGGAGAGACCUGAGGAUGAGAAAGAAAAAGCUGUGGUAGUGAUCCAACAAUUAUUUCGGCGCUAUUUGGCCAAGAGGAUAUUACAAAAGGAUGCAGAGGUUCAUACAUUGUUCAUUGUUAUAAUCCAUGUAUACGUGUAAUGUAAAUAUAUUUUUCCACCAUAGCAAUUACACACAAAUAAUCAUUGUGACCAAGCAUCUAUUGUAAUUUUAAUGUAAUAAUGAGUUGUCUUGAUACACUUUUAUUUAUAUUUUUAUUGUCAAUUGAAAAUCAAAACUUUACGAAUAUUAAUAAUUGUAAAAGAAAAAUUAGAUUGGGAAAAAUAAGUUCAAAGGUUUGCUGACAAGCAUCGCCCGGCUAGGAUCAGUCCUUGAGAAUGUUAUCAUGACUUGACUAAUGUAAUCACCAUUUUGACAGGAGGAAAUCAGAAGGGAAAGGGCAAGGAGGGUUCCAGAACCUGUUGACCCAAAAGUGGGACUUAAGGUUGUCAUAAGAGAAAACAACAAUCCGAUAAUGACCCGGUAUUUCAGGAAGGAGGCAUUGUUUCAGGUAAAAAUUGUUUGACAAGUAUAGUUAGACAGGUGACUUGUAAUAAUUGUUAUUUCCUAAUGUCCUCUAGUGGAAUGCAGACUCUUAACUGGCUUGGUAUUCAGUCAGUCCAAGUCAUAAGCACGUGUAAAGGACGGCUGCAAGCCCCCCCCCCCAAAAAAAAAAAAUGGGGCAAACAAAACCAAUAAAGCUAGAAACAUGCCUUGUUGUAGUGGCCAGUAGGUGAUCCCUCAAUACCUAGAUCUUAAGGCUUUGUUUCUUCAGAAAACCUCAGACCACUUAACAUUAUUUUAAUACAUAAUAAUUGUUCUUUCCACAACCUGCUUGGGGGCUUUUGCAUGAUCUCUGAUCAUUUCAUUGUACCAUAUAGGAAGUGUAUGAUUGGGUUGGACAAGAAAGAAAGGUACCCCUCUUCUUCAUCCUUCAAAAGAAUGGAAAGACAAUGAAACAUGAGGACAGAGUGGAAAUACAUUCAGUCCUUGAUGUUAAGAAAAUGGUAUGA